AAGUACGUUCGCUAUUCCACGAGUAUCACACCGUUUCUUUGUCGCUCUUAGAGUUUCUCGCUAAUCUCAGCGACCCCAAACACCAAAAAGAAUACGAAACAUUGCAGAAACUCGUAAAUAAUCGUAGCGAGUACAUUCAUACAGUAAUAAACGAAGCAAACGAGCGGAAAAAGGAACUUUUGCUUGAAAUUAACUCUGUCCACCAUUCCCGUAGUUCCCGCAGCUCCACAACGUCCUCCACUGCCGCUCGAGCUCUCGCAAGAGCUGAGGCUACAGCGGCACUAAAGAAGGUAGAAAUGCAAAAAUGGCGAUCAUUGCGAGAGUCCCAGUCUGCCAUGGAAAUACAACAACAAGAACUUGCCCUAGCCCAAAAGAAAAUGGAAGAGAAAUCCCGAAUGGAAAGUUUACUAUUAGAAGAAGCAGCAGCAGUCGCCGUUGCUAAAGCUCAGGCAAUAGAUAAAGAACUGAGCCUCGUAGAUCAUCGAGACCCUGAACACUUUGACCUACCCCAAGACGAUCCUGCGGAAAGGGUCCAAAACUAUAUAAAUUCACAACGCUUCGAAGAAUCUAACAUUGCCCAAGACCCUAGUCCCCCGGUUCCUAAUCAUGUCAUCGGUCCACAACUCCCACAGAAUGCCAACCACCCUAUACAAGAAGAACCACCCAACCGAAGACUAGACCCGACGACCAACUCGUUUAUCCCUCAACCUCACAAUUCUCGGACAGACUCUAGUACAAAUGCUAUAAGCUCUUACAUCCAAUUCAUGGCACGCAGAGAGCUCAUCGCUAAUAAGAUUCAGAGAUUUGACGAUAAUCCCACAAAUUUUUACGGUUGGAAAGAAUCCUUCAAGAAUAUGAUACGAGACAUUCACAUCUCCCCUAGCGAAGAGCUAUCACUCAUCAUAGAGUAUACCAGCAACGAAUCAAAGAAACUUGCUCAACGGCUUCGAAACGCAUAUAUCAACAAACCCACUGAAGGCGUGGAGAUACUAUGGCAAAAACUUAGCCAGCGGUUUGGUUCCAACGCGGUUAUAACUGAAGUACAUUUGAACAAACUGAAAGAUCUGCCGAAAAUCGGAUUUAGAGAUAACAAGAAACUCCAAGAACUCGGAGAUUUGCUCUUAGAAUUACAGUGUGCUAAGAACGACGGCGGAUACAGAGGCCUCAUAAUCCUCGACGAGCCCGCUUACAUUAAACCUGUCAUUGCGAAGCUCCCUGGCGAUAUCCAAAGCAGAUGGCAAAAGCACGCCUUUCGAUAUAAGAAACAACACGCCGAGGUGGACUAACCCCCAUUUUCCGAGUUCGUCACCUUCAUCCAGGAGUUGUCCCUCGAAAGAAACGAUCCUAACCUGAUCAUAGAGAUUCCCGAGAAGAAGAACACAGGUAUGCGAAACCCGAGCUGGCGACAAGAAAUUAGUGUAAAGAAAACUGAGAUCGAGGCCCAAGAUCGCAGAGUCGGACACGAUCGCCCACCUCGUAACCCUACGAACUGGUGCAUUGUCCACCACAAAGGGCACCCAUUAAGCAAGUGUAGAGCUUUCCAAGCCAAGCCACUCGAUGAAAGAACUACAAUACAAAGAAAGAACAGAGUAUGCUUUCGCUGUAUCGCAUCGUGCGAUCACCUUGCGAAGGACUGCAAGGCCAAGGUCGUGUGCACCGAAUGUGGGAGCAACAAACACCUCGCCGCACUACACGUUGACGGUGAGCAAAGGCACGGCGGGAGCAGGUAGCAAAUAAAGACCAAUCCGAUGAUGGCGCUAACCCUCGACAAAACCAGCACGCGGGAGAGAUUACAACCAAAUGCAACGAAAUAUGCGGGAAUUCCCCCGGUGGGAAAUCAUGCUCAAAAGUCUGCCUAGCCAACAUAUACGUCACCGGACAUCCAGAAACCAAAGUGAAGGCGUACGUGGUAAUCGAUGAUCAGAGUAACAGUUCUCUAGCAAAAUCCGAACUGCUCGAUCGCCUAAACGUUCACGGUCAAGCAACCUCGUAUUCGCUUAGAACAUGCGCCGGAACAACUCAGAUUCGAGGAAGAUGCAGCAAAGAUCUUGUCGUAGAGUCUGUGGACGGUAAUAAAAAUCAUCCGCUGUCGAACGUCAUCGAAUGUAACGCGAUUCCUGAUUCUAAAGAAGAGAUACCUUCGCCAGAGGUAGCCCGAGCUCACCCACAUCUACACGAAAUUGUUGACAAAAUACCAGAGAUCCGUGGCGACGUAGACAUCCUACUGCUCAUCGGUCGGAACGCCCCUCUACUUCACUUCAAGAGGUUCACGAAUCCUGUAACGGACCUAGAAACGCCCCUUGGGCCCAGCGUCUUGAUCUAGGAUGGGUCAUCAUCGGCAACGCUUGCCUGGACGGAGCUCACACACCGAAGCCUUCCUGCAACAAAACAAACGUUCUCGAAAGCGGCCGACCAUCAAUCUUUUCACCCUGCCCUAAUCGUUUCCACAUCAAAGAAUACACAUCCACCGUUUCUGCCGUCCCCUGCGACGAAAACAACGAUCAAAGGAAAGAGACAUUCGAAAACGGAAACUUUGACGAUGGCCUAGCAGCCAAAGUGUUCGCAAGCUCGAAGGACGACAACAAACCUGGUCCCUCCGUGGAAGACAGGAGAUUUGUCAACAUAAUGGAACAUCAAAUGGUCAAAAACGAAGCAGGGAACUGGGAGGCGCCACUUCCAUUUCGCAACCCGAUAUCAAGACUACCAGACAACCGCGAAGACACUCGUAAGCGUUUUAACUCCACAAGGCGGACUCUCGAAAGGAAACCGGAAAUGAAAAGAGACUAUUUUGAGUUUAUGCAAAAGCUCUUCGACAAUGGUCAUGCGGAGCCCGUUCCCGAGAGUGACAUAGCUUCGAAAGGACCACGGUGGUACCUUCCCCACUUCGGCGUGUAUCACCCCCGAAAGCCUGAUAAAAUACGGGUAGUCUUCGAUUCAGCAGCCGAAACCAACGGAGUGUCACUAAAUAAGCUACUUGACGAACAGUCUCGUAGGUAUUCUCUUGCGCUUUCGCUGCAACACCGUCGCGUUCAUGACGGACAUCGAACAAAUGUUCCACUCCUUUAUGGUUCGUCAAGACCAUCGAGAUUAUCUUCGCUUUUUCUGGCAUAAAGACAACAACCCCGAAGAAGAAGUGAUCGAAUACCGUAUGAAGGUGCACUUGUUCGGUAACACUUCCUCGCCAGCUAUUGCAACAUGCGCUCUUAGAAAGACAGCUCUCGUAGGAGAACCCAAGUACGGACCGGACGCAAGAGAGUUCGUAGAGAAAGACUUUUACGUAGACAACGGCCUAAAGUCCAUUCCCGAUCGCGAUGGAGCCGUCGACCUGUUAUGCAGAACCAAAACCAUGUUAGCCGACGCCAAUCUGCGCCUCCACAAAAUCGCGUCCAAAGACCCUACGGUAACACAGGCCUUUCCCAUCGAAGACCGAGCUUCCGACCUACGCAAUCUGGACCUUCACCGCGACGUAGUACCGAUUCAGCGCUCGUUGGGUGUAUUUUGGGACCUACAAGCAGACACCUUUACCUUUCAGGUCGUCGACGGAGCCAAACCCUUUACAAGACGUGGCGUUCUUUCUGUCACCAACAGCCUUUACGAUCCUCUCGGAAUCGCUGCCCCGGUCGUCAUCAAAGCCAAAAUCCUGCUGCGAGCUAUGACAACAAGCCUGAAACGCCACCCACUUGACGACUGGGACCAACCGCUCCCUGAGCAAUAUAAAGCAUCCUGGGAAGCUUGGUGCAAAUCCCUCUCAGACCUAACCGAAGUCAGAGUCCCACGUAACCUACGCAAGCGAGUCACUAUCUGAAGCAAGCCGUGUAGAAAUCCACACAUUUUGCGACGCCUCCACCGAAGCCAUUGCUGCUGUCUCAUACAUCAAAGUCGUCCUGAAAGACGGUCAAGCCCAAGUAUCAUUCGUGUUCGGCAAAGCUAAGCUGGCUCCGUCACACGCCACAACGAUUCCCCGUUUAGAGCUUUGUGCCGCAGUGCUCGGCGUAGAAAUUACGGUGCUGGUUAUCGAAGAGUUAGCAGUAAAACCACACUCCGUAACCUAUUACACGGACAGUAAAGUCACACUAGGAUACAUUCUUAGCGAAACGCGACGGUUCUACGUGUACGUCAGCAACCGCGUUCAAAGAAUACGAAGGUUGUCGUCGCCAGAUCAGUGGAGAUACGUGGCAACUGACCUCAACCCAGCAGAUCUAGCUGCUCGAUCGGUGAAAGCCUGCGACCUCAAAGACUCGUCUUGGUUGGCCGGCCCGAAGUUCCUCCAAAGCACAAGUUCCCUCGACGUUCCACCGGAGACCGAGACCUUCCAACCCCCGCAAGAAGACCCAGAACUUCGUCCCGAAAUCACAACCCUCGCCACGAACACAAAGCCCGGAGUUCAGAAAAACCUUGGAACUGAUCGCUUUCUACGCUUCUCGCGGUGA